UAUUGCCCGCCCAAAAUGGAGCACAGAGGCUUCAAAAUAUUAGUUUUAUUUUAUUAUAUUAAUUUUAUAUUGUGUAUAGAUGAGUAUUUCGUGCGUACAGUACCUCCGAUCACGCCUCCGAACUUUAUGGCCUGGCCGAAUGGGUCCGUACCGUUUUUCAUCAAUACCGAACACUUUGACAACGAGCAGACGCUGAUUAUAAUGACGUCUCUCUCCCUCGUCGCGUUCAAGACGUGUCUGAAGUUCGCGCCGGUGAUGGUGCCGCCGGCGGGCCGCGAGCACGUGCUCACGUUCGAGAACCCGCGCGGCACGAGGAAGUGCGAGAUACACGUGCACGGACACUCGAAGGAGGAGCCGCAUAUCGUGACGCUUGGCUAUGACUGCUUACAAUCCCCGUGGAUGGAUCGCAUCGUGUUGAGAGCCCUAGGGCUCCCCUUCGAGCACAACCGACAGUCCCGAGACAGCUACAUCGACGUGCAGUUCGAAAAUAUAGAACAACACGCUAUCCCGCUGUUCACCAAAGACAUAGCGCUGCCCGCGGCGCUUCGCGCUCUACCCUACGACGUGAACAGUGUGAUGCACUUCGGGGACCGGGACUAUAGUAAGAACGGACACCGGACCAUCAUAUUUAAGGAUCGUGGCACGAGGCAAAAAUGGGACGGUCCCAGCGAGCUCGACUUUCGCAAGAUAGAGAUAAUAUACGGCGAAGAGUGCAGGGAGAGAGAUCGCCAAGAGAAGAUAGAACUAUGCCACUUGUACCCAGGCGUCCCUCUAGUAAGAAAGAAAAGAUCUGUAGACUUAGAAACCACAAGAAGCUUAAGAGUCAAUCCUGACAUAACACCUCCACCAUCGACAAAGCCGACAAACGUACCUAAAGAAAUACAAGACACUUUGAAAAACUUGGACAUUGAAGCUGAUGUCCAAAAAAUUGUUGACGAAGUCUUUAAGCUGUCAAACAAGGCGUUGAUAAAUGCUAGAGGGAAAUACUGCAAUGCUUCUAAAGAUGGCCUAAGAUCGGCAGGAGAGCCUGUAGAUAUCCAUGGAAUUAUUCAGCUUGUAGCGGAUCAUACGCAGGAUAUUGUAGACCAUGCCGUUAGUAAUAUAACCUCCUUCUGCGUCGAGUCAGAUUCCAUUGAAAAAUAUCAAAGACAGAGAUGCAGAGGUUGUCAAAAGAGUUACUAUUCAACUAAUAUCUACAGUCCAUAUGCAAGCACCAAGCACCGACCAGUUACCCCACAGUCUACUAGGCAUGAAGGUGGUUAUAAGAAGCGUCCUUAUGACCGGCCGACGUAUUACUUGAGGGCACAAGUCACUCCCAAGUCUCAAAAUGAUACAAAAGAUGCCAAAGAUGCAAAAGAUGAUUCCAAAAGCUCGAAGGACGGUGGAGAGCGCAUGAAACGGUCCAAACGCGAGGUCACUGAACCAAACAGGGAGGGUAGGAGGCGAAGACAGAAGAGUAAGUCGAACGCGAACCCCCGAACAUACUCUGAGACAGAGGAGGAUGAAACGCAGAGUAGCGAGGAAUGGGGUAAGAGAAAGAAAAAACAGCCGGUGGUUGAUCCUGAAGAAAACCAUGACGACUUCGAGGGUAAGGAGUCACGUAAGCCAAAGAAUAAUGAUAGAGAACGUAUGAAACACCGAGAACAACCGAUGAAGAAAGAUUCUGAGGAGUCAUUUGAAGAAUAUUCCGAUGAUAACGAGGGAAGUGAAGAAAAGAGCGAUGAAGGAAAUCAUAAACAGAAAAAGCCAUUAAAAGAGACCAGGGGCUUAAAACAGCCAAGUGACGAAGCACCCUCUGACGUGGAGUCUUUUGUAAAGAAACGGAGACCUGUCAAAAGGACCCCCAAGACCGUGACCUUAUCAAAAGAGAAUGAGGAGUUUUACAAGCAACGCAAGUGGCCGCAGGGCGUCGUCAGAUAUCUGAUAAAUAAAACCAGUACUAAUUUCGAUGUCAAAGACCUGCGCCAGCGCCUAGGCCAAAUAAACGCCAUCUUGUCACUGGAAACCUGCGUUCAGAUCGAAGAGAUACGAGAGGGCGACACUAGCAAACAUGAGGAUUAUCUGGUGUUGGACAACAGUCCAGACUUCGUCACGGGCCGGGUUGGCGGGAGGCAGAUAUUCGGCACCCCCGAGCUGCUAGCCGGGGGGCAGCACCGCCAGCACACUGCCAUGAUGGUGAUGGCGAUGCUCGGCUUCUACUUCGAGCUGUCGCGCCACGACCGCGACCAGUACGUCAAGGUCCACCAGCGCCAUAUUAGAGCCGAUAAACUGCACCACUUCGAGAAAAUAGGCGCGGAUGCGACGCUGCCGCUGCCCUAUGACUACGAAAGCGCCACACACCCGCCGUGGAUGUACUGGAGGAAGCUCGGCAAGAAGGGGAUCUCUACCGUCGCUACUUAUAAAGAUAAGGACCCAGACGGCAGCAUCAUGAGGUCAUUGGGCCAACAUAAAAACCUGUUAUCGGAGUCGGAUAUCAUUAAAAUAAACAGUGUGUAUGGAGCUAAAUGUAUGGUUGUAGACCCAAAUGUUAAUGAGCCUAAGAGCGAUUGGGACGAGGAAUAGGG